GAUUGGGAAAGGAGGAGGGCCCAGGGUUAUUAAAUUGAAGUGGGUGGGAGGGGGUGUGAGAGGUCGGUGGUGACGUCAGUAGCUGUGCGACCCUGGGGGUUCCGGAGUGUGCAGGGCUGCAGGGUACAAAACAUCUUAUCACCAUGACAGACAUGACUGACAAUCACAAAGAUGCCUGGGAAGUUCUGAUCCGCGCCGCAGAGCAUUACCGCAGACAAACCGGAAACGACAUUGUGCUUAUCACUGCCUACAAGCCCAAGUUGGUGUCCUCCUUCGCCUACACUAUCCAUGGCAGCGGGGUUCUCCUAGAGGCCACCCAACGAUACCUUGAUGACAUUGCUGUAGUACACAAAACCACUGUAUUCACCAGCCCAAUACCUAUUUACAAAGGCAACAAGGAAACCUCAUCGGGCAAGCAGAACUCUUACUCAAAGAGCUACCCCUCCAUCUACGGUAAAGAGGACUUCCUCUCGGUGGAAGACAAUGACUUUGCUAAGCCCAUUCCCCAGAACCAAAUGCCUGACCAAAUGACAAAGUUAGAAGGAAAGGUUGACGAGGACUACAAUCAGCAAGGCCACCUCCAGAGGGCAUCUGAACAUGCGGCCAGUGACUCAGCAGGACUGUUUGUAAUGGAUGAGGAUUCCAACAGCCAGGAUUGUGAACCCUUCUUUGAAUCGGACCCUGAAGAGAGCACCGACGAUGGGAGCCUGACUGAGGAUGUCCCGGGGCAGUUGCCUCUGCAACGCAACAUUCAGCAAUAUGCCAAGUCUCUCCCGGUCACCGUGCCUGUCUGGGGGUUCAAGGACAAAAGGCAGAGCAAUAAGUCUUCGGAUGAAGAUACGGGCAGGCUUCCUUCUCCCGACCUGGAAAGAAUCGCUGCCAGCAUGCGCGCCCUUGCUCACGACACCACCCAACCCUUCGGGGACCUUCCUCGCCCUCGACUGAACACUGGCGACUUCCAAGUAAACUACCGGAAGUAUUAACCCGCGCAGCCCUGUUGCACACUGGCUUCAACACUAAUGAACGCCCUCUGGUCUCAAUCAGCAGAUAAAGCUCAAUCGUAUCCCAGCCGCCCGCCGAUACUUGGAAGGGCGACCGGUUCCCGUUCGAAUAUGGUUUAAAAAAAUAAAGAAAUACAUUUUUAUUGCG